GUCCUCUCCACUAGACGACAAAAAACCACUCUCUCUUCUUCUAGUCACAAACCAAGACACAACACACCUACACUUUGUUUCCACCCAAAUACAACUGGCAAUGUUUUUACAUUUCUUUUACCUAUUUGCCUUGAUAUUUUAACCUAUCUAGAUUUGAAUCACCUCACUCAUUCCUCUCUUUCUUCUUCUUCUUCUUCUAUUUAACUCUUUCUAAAACAAACUUCAAACUUCUUCAACCUCUCUCAACUUCUUCUUCUUCUUCGUAAUCACAACAAUCUUUGACUUUCACUUUGCAUCAUGGCUCAGAAACACUUACACGAGCUACUUCAGGAAGAUCAAGAACCGUUCCUUCUAAACAACUACAUUUCAGAUAGACUUAACCAACUAAAAACAUUUUCACCAAACACCACUCUACAAUUGAAGAAACAUAAACAUAAACCAACAACAAACGUUAACCUCUGCAAAAACGCUUGUUUUUUCUCAUUCCAAAACACACCGGAUAUCAGAAACUCGCCGCUCAAAAGCCCGGUCAGAUCCUCAAAGGAUAUCUUCCUCCAAAUCCCAGCUAAAACGGCGUCGCUUUUACUCGACGCUGCUCUCAAAAUUCAGAAUAACAAAACCCAUUGCCAAAACAAAAACAAAUCCUUUGGGGUUCUCGGUUCCUUUUUCAAGAAACUAACGCAACGAAACAGAAGCAAGAAGAAUGAACUACUCGAAGGUGAUGUUUCUGUUAAGGAUAUAUUGAGGUGGGAUUCUUCUAUUAGAAGAAGUAGAAAAUCUUUCAACAAAAGCACUGAGUUAUGUUCGUGUGAGGUAGGGUUCACGUGUUCUUGCAAUGGAAGACAUAGCAGUAGCGCUGUGUGGUCUGAGAGCAACGAAGCAGAAACUUCGUGCAGUGGUCACUCUCGUGACUCUAUUGAAGAGGUUGAGUUUGUGAUGAUGAACACGAAGAAACAAAAUGCAGAUUGCGCUUGUUUUGAUCAGCAUGGGUUUUUCUGCGAAAGCCCUUUUCGUUUCAUUCUCGAAAAGAGCCCCUCCACUUCAGGCCGCCGUACGCCGGAGUUUUCCUCGCCGGUGAAUUCACCCAACCGCCACCAACAAGAGGACAAACAAAAUAAUGGAGUUGACGGUGUUAACAAAUUCGAAUCGGGAGAAGAUGAAGAAGAGAAAGAACAAUGUAGUCCUGUAUCUGUUUUAGAUACACCUUUUGAAGAUUAUCAUGACGAUUAUUGCCAUGAAAACGAGGAUGAAGAAGGUGAUUUUGAUUUGGACUGUAGCUACGCCAAUGUACAAAAAACAAAGGAACAACUAUUAGAAAGGCUUCGAAGAUUUGAGCAACUUGCAGAGUUAGAUCCACUAGAACUUGAGAAAAAAAUGCAAGAAGACGACGAGUACGAAUCAUUUUUCGAAGAAGAUGAAAGUGAAGAACCAUGUGAAGAAAAGGGUCUAAGAGAAAUAGUUUAUGAAAUACUCUCUCAUUCAAGUGAUCAUGAAAGAUGGCAAGAGCAGGUUCUUAAGAGACUUGUUUAUGAUCUCAUUAAGGAGGAACUUAAUUAUUCACAAGAUAUGAACUAUGUAGUGAAAAGGGUAUGCAAGAAGAUGGAAUUGUGGAAAGAAGUGGAAUGUAACACUAUUGAUAUGAUGAUAGAAGAGGAUUUCUCUAGAGAGGAAAUUGGGUGGAAGAAAAAUGAUGAGGUGACAAAAGAGUUGGCUAGAGAGGUUGAGGUUGCUAUCCUUUGUUUUCUUGUUGAUGAAUUUUCAGAGGAAUUAGUAUGUUAACUAAUAUGGUAAAUUUUGAUGUAGUUGAGGUACUUAUUUAGUAUGAAUGAUUAUCUUUAUUCUUUUGUUAGAAGAAUAUUCAAUAUAGCAAGACUUCAACAUUUAUUUAAGAAUAGGCUAGUUAGUAAAGAAAAAGAUAGAACAACUAAAGAUCACAUAGUUCAUGUAUGUAGCUCGUUGUUCUGGAAUGUUGUAAAUCACUUUUCUUAAUUAAAUUUUGUUACAAUUA